UCAAGCAGCUGAUUACCCAAACAAGUCAUGGCGGAGAACGGAGCAGAGGGAUCCGCGAAGCCUGCACUGACGGCGGCGGGGAAGCAGCUCCUCCACCGCCGACAGGAGCUCGACUACUGGAAGAAGAACGCAGCGCGGCUCCGCGGCCGGAACCUGCUGACCGGCCUGGCUAUCGGGGCGUUUGUGGUCGGCAUGUUUAGCUACACCAUCCUGUCUGUCAAACAGGAGAGAAUCGUGGAGGAGCUGGAUGAUGAAGUCAAGAUCCACAUGAUCAGAGGGCCAAGGACCGGCGCUAACUCCUGAGGACACUGACCAUGAACUGUGCUGGACUUUCUGCUCCCUGGCCCUUAUGUCUGGCUUCCAUAGAGUGUAUGGUGACAUCACACCGGCUGUAAUGAGUCAUGUCUGCUGAGCUUCUCUUACUGAGAGGGAAACUUUGCAGACACUCAACCUGAUCUGUAGGAUGAAGGGUUCAUCUGCAAAUACCACCCACGCUUCAAAGCCGUUUUUAAAUCGUCAAAGUCUCUGUUUAAGACACUUGCAUACCACCUUAUAUGACUUCUCUUCACAAGUCAUAUAAGGACAGUACAAAUGUUUUCAUUGCUUCUUUGCUGUUUUGAGAUGUAUAAAAUCUUUUGUUGAAUUCUGAACUAUGUAAUGCCUGAAUAUAAACCCACUUUGAAUAAAGUGUAGCCUUGACACUGAGGAAAAAAAGCAUUUUGCAGAACC